UUUCAGUCUCUCACUUUAUUCUUUCUCUCAUUCACAAAAUCGGGAAGAGAAAAAAAAAAACACUUCGUUUACUCGCCGGAGCCCAACUUACUCUGCUCAUCGUCUCGCCGGAGUUUCGACACCUCAGGAACGAGAAUGAAUCAGAACGCUAAUGUACCGGUGGAAGUGAUGAGGGAGGAGGAGGUAGCAAUAUUACACGAAGGAAUUGGUUUGAUACUUUCGCGGUGGACUGCAUUAACAGCUGCCGUCGAAAUGGGUUGGGGUGGCAAAGGUUCUCUAGUGAUAGCUGAGCAAACCAUCUCUCAAGUUUUCGAUCAUUUCACCUUAUCUAAAGAUCCAACGGACUAUGAUCGGUUAUUUGAUAUUCUAGAGAAUAGUCUUAAUCAGCUUAACACUGUGGCUGAAGAUGGAAGCCUUGAAGAGGUAACAGAGUCACUACUGGAUUUGUACUAUGAAUGCUGUGAAGGUGACUUCAAAAUUGUUGAGAAACUAAGAGCUACUAAAUCUAAAGCCAGUUCAAGUGUUGUCAAGGUUGCAAAUGGUAAUGAUGAGGACGAUGAGGAAAGUGACGAUGACGAUGAUGAGGAUACAGAGAUGAGUAAUGAUCAAACCACAGACAUGAUGGUGGAUGCAUCUGAGGACAGUUCAAACUGUAAACAAGAAGCCAUGCCGGUUGAUGAACCAGCAGCCGAUGAUGGCUGGACUGUAGUUCCAUCUAGAAAAAACAAAGGAAAGAAGAAUUAACCGUGCUUGGUUCCCAAUGUGUUAUGUAAUUUUAAACAGUUUUGGUUGUUUAUUUAUAUAAUAUAGAUAGUAGUACUCUAUAGAUUGUCAGUUCCUAAACAAAAUCAGAAGACUUGGAAAUACAAUGUUUCUUGCCUUUAUUUUGUUUCUUGCUUUGGUGCUA